GUUUAUAAAGACCAGUUUAUAAACUCCGGGAUGCCUCGUCCUUGGAAACAGGUAAUUAGAAGUCUCCUCCAGCGAGAAAUCCCAUCGAAGGAGAAAUGAAGACAGCGACUCCCGUUACAAUUAAGUCCACAGCACAAAGGAAUUCUCCAUAAAAGCAACAGUCUUCAUUUAAACAUAUUAAAAACCACAAUAAUGGCUUAUGCGUUUCGACCGACUGCUUCCCCACACAUGAGCAAUGAGUUCAUCACAGCCCAAAGACGUUUCUCAAUUUCAACGGCAGAGUUUUCCGAACGUUCAAGUUAUGGACCGAACCCACAUACUUAAAUGAGAUUAACCCGUGCAAAAGACUAGGUGUUAUUAAAAAUAAGACCUGGAUUUUUCAACCAUGGAUGGAUAUGCCUCUUUAAACAACACUACUUCAGGCCUUUGUUUCUUCAUUACACAGAACAAUAACACCACCACUUCCCACUUGCUCUCCACCAUCUUCUCCAUCCUUGGCCUCACCUCCAACUUCUUUGCUUUCUGCGUGCUCCUGGGAGCCUACCGGAGAACCCAAAGCCGCUCUCGCUCGUCCUUCCUCAUCUUCCUCUGCGGCCUGGUGGUCACGGAUUUUGCCGGUCUGCUGGUGACAAGCUCCAUUGUCCUCACUUACUAUUAUAGUAAAUUCAUCUGGAAAGAGGUGGAUCCCAACUGCAACCUUUGCAACUUCAUGGGCUUGUCCAUGGUCUUCUUUGGGCUUUGUCCGUUGCUGUUGGGAGCCACCAUGGCCAUUGAGCGCUUCAUGGGGAUUAACAGACCCUUCUCCAGAUCCUCCAACAUCUCCAAACGGCGGGCCUUGUGCACCGUGAUUUCUGUCCUGGCGUUUGCUUGCUUCAUCGGGAUCUUGCCCAUCAUGGGCUUGGGCCACUAUAGGCUGCAGUACCCAAUGUCCUGGUGUUUUUUCAGCAUCACGCCAGAGCCUAUGGACCAGGUGUUCUCCUUGAUCUUCUCCCUGGUGGGGCUGCUCUCCAUCAUCGUAUCCAUCCUCCUCAACACCGUCAGUGUGGUGACGCUCUUCAAGGUGUGCUGCGAUCGGGAGUGCAUGCAGCGCAGGAGGGACCACGAGGUGGAGAUGAUGGUCCAGCUGUUGGGCAUUAUGGUCAUCACUUCAGUCUGCUGGUGUCCGCUAUUGAUCUUCAUUGCCCAAGCAGUAGCGUCGAACGAGUCGACAGUUUCCAACCCGACAAUGUGGAAGAACCUUCUGCUCUACAUCCGGAUUGUCACCUGGAACCAGAUCCUCGACCCCUGGGUGUACAUCCUGUUUCGGAGAGCUGUCCUGAGGAGGGUGUACCCCAGUCUGGGAAGGACCCGGGCCUCCAUCAUGAGCAUGUACCCCAUGAUGACCACUUCGCUACGGAGAAAGCUGACACGUGUGGAGUCCAUGCAUCCCUGAGGGAGCAGGUCUCAAACAAAGCGCUAUGGACAAGAGUGACGGUGGUCUUACCAAAACGGGCCAAGAUAUUAAGACACGAGAAAACCGUCCCUCGCAACCACUUCUGAGAAUAUAUUCCAUCGAAUGAACAAUAACCACUGUGCAUCAGCACUAGCGCCCAGAACCUGUUGAAAUGAUACUGUGAAGAAACAUGCCGUGAAUGCAUAAGUAACACUGUGCUAGUGUAUUAUGGGUUACAGAACAGUAGAAAUGCAUUAGUUAACUGCAGUAACUCUGGAGGGGGAAUGCUGAACUACACGUGGGGGAAACCACUUGUGACAGCUUAAAGUACUCCAAGCAACUGCUUUAGUGGAUAGGAUAUUACCUCCACCAUAUGUGAGUUUGGAUACAUAAGGAUUGUAUCAAUCAAAGAUGUGAAAUUCCCUGAUGUACAGCGGUAAAGGGUUAGGCUAUUGCUUUGUUAGUUUUUACCUUCAAACUCACUGUCCCAACAUGCUCCAGCUGUCAACCAUGACAUAGUGCUACUUCUAUCCACAAGUCUUUUUACGGUAUUGUUCUUACCACUGCCUGUUUCAGAGUGUAUCAUGAAAUCAGUGGAUGAUCUUCACUUGCAUGUGUCACAACUGGGAAAGCAUUAUAAAUAUAAACUGUGUUAUAUUCUGUUUGCACACAGGCCGAUCCAUUCAAAGUUUGAAAAAGGCUGCAAAGGAAACAAAGUGUGCUGUGGACCAGAACAAUCAAAACUACACAGCCAUGUAACCGCAAUGGUAAAAACCUGCGGGGUGCACUUUUCAAAUGAAGAACAAGAAAAAUCCACCUGGGUCCUUAUUACUGCCUUGCUUCCAAACAGAGUUCUGUGUUGUAAAUACUCUUUGUGGAGACCCGGUGUCCUGACCUUUUCUUCUAGAUGAACAUCUGUUUCUGGUUUGGUGUGUUCUGCAUUCCUUAUAUACAAGGACUGUGCUGAUAUAUAUAUAUAUAUAUAUAUA